AUGUCAAGGAAUGAGUACUGCAAGGGACUGUGGGAUUUAAGACCGACGAUACCAGAUAGAAGAAUAAGUUCAUUAAAACCUUGGAUGAUUGUCCUUAUAAUUGCAGCUGUUGUGUUGGUCCUGGCAUUAAUCAUCAGUCUCCUUGUUUAUUUUUUGGCAUAUGAUCAGAAGCCCUACUAUUACCAGGCUUCCUUCCAGAUACCCAGUAUUGAAUACAAUCCUGAUUUUUCAGUAGAACACUCAAAAAGUGGGACUGACCUGAAAGUAAAGAUCAAUAAUGAGAUAGAUAAUAUAUUUCGAAGAUCCAGUUUAAAUCAUCAUUACAUCAAGUCUCAUGUUGUCAACCUUAGGCCAAGUAAUGAUGGCUUGAAAACAGAUGUAUUGCUUCAAUUUCAAUUUGCUUCUAACAAUGCAGAUGCAAUAAGGAGGCAUGCUGAUAACACUUUGCAUCAGAAGUUGAAAUCAGAUGAAAGCUUCUUGAAGAUAGACACUUCAUUACCCUAUCUUAGAGAUAUGGAUGAAGCACAAGCAGAGCACAUUCUGAACAGCUGCUGUGGUUUAGGAACAGAAUCCCCAUUCUCUUCCAUGGAAAGAAUUGCUGAUGGUGAUGUUGCAAGGAAAGCUGCUUGGCCAUGGCAAGCCAGCCUGCAAAUAGAUGGCGUCCAUUUCUGUGGAGCAACUUUGAUCAGCAAUGAGUGGCUCCUGACUGCUGCUCACUGUUUUGACAUUUACAAAAAUCCCAGACUAUGGAUGGCCAGUUUUGGAAGAACCCUAAACCCACCACUGAUGAGAAGAAGGGUGCAAUCAAUUAUCAUUCAUGAAAACUAUGCUGCCCAUAAGCAUGAUGAUGACAUUGCUGUGGUGAAGCUCGCUACUCCCAUCAUAUUUUCUGAUGAUGUGCACAGAGUCUGUCUCCCAGAUGCUACUUUUGAAGUCUUGCCUAAGAGUAAAGUGUAUGUUACUGGAUGGGGAGCCUUGAAAGCAAAUGGUCCUUUUCCCAAUAUUCUUCGACAAGUUCAAAUAGAGAUUAUAAGCAAUGAUAUAUGUAAUAAAGUUGAUGUGUAUGGUGGUGCUGUAUCAUCAGGAAUGAUAUGUGCUGGAUUCUUGGAAGGAAAAUUAGAUGCCUGUGAGGGUGAUUCUGGGGGACCUCUGGUUAUUGCACGUGAUAGAAACAUCUGGUAUCUUAUUGGAAUAGUAAGUUGGGGAAUAGACUGUGGAAAAGAAAACAAGCCUGGAAUUUAUACCAAAGUGACUUGUUACCGAGAUUGGAUUAAAUCUAAAACAAACAUCUAA